AUGGACUUCAACGAUCCAGUUUUUGGAGGUGAUGGUGAUCCAACUGCUUCUUAUUGUCCAGAUGAAGAAGACGAAUCCCCUCCCCACUCCACUCCUCUUCCUUCCUCUCCUCAACACUUGCCAGAGUCCCAAAGAUCAUCGAAGCGUGCGAGGCAAGCAUCCCUGGAGUCAGGCAACGAAGAUGAAAUCAUGUGCGAUACCAAUACUCAACUCAACUUUUCUCGUUUGCCACCAUCGACCCAUAUGAAUAAAGUCUGCUCUGCACUUAAAGCCCUUCAUCAUCUUGAUGAUGAGCAUGAUAAGAUUGCUCACAAAGCGAGCACCUGUCCCACACCCGAGAGGCAUGUGAAUGUGAUGUAUGCUCUUCUUGCGGCCCAACAACAUCAGGCCUCAGUUUAA